GUUCCUCCCACUUCCCUCCCUCAUGAACACAGCCACGCUUUCAGCACUGCUUCUUUCUGUAUUCAAAAUCGCUCAAAUCUGGACCGGAUUUAGCUCUUAGGCUACUGUGUACAAGAAACGCCGUUUCGUUCAUUACGGUAAAUUAAUCGGGGGUUGUAUUCAGGAGCCUUCCCAAAACGCGCUGUGGACCCAACUAUCUAACUUCUACCCAAAAGUUUUUUCAAAGGAAUUUGGUUCAUGUUUCAGCCGCGCAAAGACUGGACGGAAACAUAAUUUCACGUCUGCCAAGGAGCUACAUUUGACUCAUAAGUAAAAGCGUUUUUUGUUUGGCAUCAGUGGUGAUUGUCGGCAGCCACUGGAAAGGAUUUACAGAGAAUGGAGCGGUCCCGUUAACUUGAUCGCUUUGGCAGAGCUCUGUGCCAGAACGGACUCCUGUUGUGCUCCUACUGUGCAGUUGUGUGUGUGCUGGACAUCCCGCCACGGAAGCUAUGGGCUGCGGGUUAAGAAAACUAGAGGACCCGGAGGACAGCAGCCCCGGAAAGAUCUACUCCACUCUGAAGAGACCGCAAGUCGAGACCAAAACAGACGCCGUGUUCGAGUAUGUGCUCCUCGACUUCAGUCUGGAAGGCAGCCGCCCCACGGUGCAGUAUGUGUCCUCUCUGUGCGAGCUGCCCCAGGCCCUGCAGCCCUACUACACCCAGGGCUACGUCCUGACCACCCUGCACCCCAUCAUCCUCUCCGUGGGACGCAGCCGCUCCCUGCCCUUCAGCCUGCUGUACCGCGCCAUCCUGGCACGGCCCAAACCCAGUUUGCAGCCGAUGUCUUUGUGUCACAGUGUGCCCAUGCUGAGGGUGGAGGAAUGGCCGCUACCGGGAGAUUCUCUGACCGGCGACACCGUCCGAGCCCUCAUCGACAGAGUGAACAGCAGUUCCCGGGGGGGCGUUCGGUUCGUGUGCUCGGUGCUCCAGCAGAUGAGCGGCGGGGGCACCGGCAGGGUGGGCAGUCCCAAGCACGGCUGUCGCUCACCGCCGCACACCCCGCCCAGUACCCCGCCCGGCGACCGGGAGGUGGAGGAGAACAGCUACAGCCCCGACCUGAGACUGUUGGUGUUUUUCCACUCUUGGGCGGCGGGCUGCGCACCUCUGGACUCGCUGGCGUGUCAGUACCACCAGGGGGCACUGUCCAUGCGGGUCUCCAGGAAGGGUCAAGUGGUCAGCGCUCUGGAGGCCGAUUGGCUGGAGCUAACUGCCGCCUACUACCGCAAAGGCUGGUCAUUGGUUGACUCAUUCGUCUACUGGGACAAGCCCAAAGGCGAGCCCGUCCCCAGGUCUAUGGAGGGGUUGUUUGUCUAUGAGGAAAGAAGCACCUGCCCCCCCGCCAAUGACACCAUCGUGGUGGAGCAGUGGACCGUCAUAGAGGGGUCCCAUGUGAAAACGGACUACGGGCCCCUUCUUCACACGCUGGCCGAGUUCGGGUGGCUGCUCACGUGUGUGCUUCCCACACCGAUUAUCCGACAUGACAGCGAUGGGAACCUGGCUACCAAGCAGGUGGUGUUCCUCCAGAGGCCAGUCAGAGGCCAGCCAGCCGGGCAGAAGAAGGGCCAGACCUUGCCGGCGCGGGUCUCAGUCUCCAGCCCCUCCAUCAGCCUGGGAGCGGAGAGCCCCCUCCCCCCCAUGGAGCUGUCUCCCACCGCGGGGGGCAUCGGGGGCUUCCCGGUGUUUGGCGGCGGGUACUCCAGUACCCUGUCCCACCUGGAGGAAGGGGGCUUCGAGCAGGAGGAGGGCAAGGCGGAGGUCACCUGCAUGUAAAAGCAGCUGAAAAAACACUUCCCGGACGGACGGACGGACGGACGGACGGACGGACGGACGGACGGACGGACGGACGGAGCCCUCCUCCGCCUACGGACCCCUCUGUCCCCGACUGAAAACCUAGGACUACGUACUGGAUUAUAGGAGGAGCUGGAGGGAUCGUUCAAGGGCGGAAAUGGAUUGGUUGUGAGAACGGAUCAUGUUGUUCCUCCCAGUAGCUCUACACCUCGAUUGAAUACUCAUCAGAAAGUCUUUAUCAGCACAAUGAUCGAUGAUAGGCCUGUUAGGUGCUAGGAAAAUAUAUUUGUUCCCCUCCACAGUUUUAACCUCCUUCCCUUUAACAGAAACUGUAACAUAGAGGGACGUGAACUUGGCACUUUGUGUGUGUGUGUGUACUGUGUGUGUGUGUGUGUGUGUGUGUGUGUGUUUACUGAAGCCAUAAUUGUGUACAUUGUAUUACUUGCAUAUAGACCUAUGUAUAAACAUUAUGUGCAAACCAUCGUUCGGGAUGAUGGUUAGCAGAUGGCUAACGACGUUAAGAUGCAAGACCCUUUUCAACCUUCUCAGCCGUUCUCAUUCACUUUAAGGUAAACGCGUGUCGAUGUUUGUUUAUUUUGGGAUGUUCACACAAAGAUAGACACAUCUCACAGGCCGGUCUUUGGGGAAAAACACUUUCAUGGCAUGGCGGUGGUCACCUGGAGAGUCGCCACAGCAUUACCUUUAACUGCAGUUACCAGAGCAGUUCUUGACCACAUAUCUUCACUGUUUUCUUUGCUGUUUAUUUUAACACGGUUUAUAUGUUGUUGUUUUUCUAUGGGGCUUCUACAUCUGCUAACCGAUCAUUGAAGUCUGAAAACAUUCAGACCUAACUAUUUAUCUUCUGAUCUUACAUUUCUGUAAUGUCUGUUCCAACCUAAGAUGGUGCAGAAUCGCCGUACUUAUUCAGGGUUGCCCUGAUCAAGUAUAACUGGGUCCAGGGUGUUCAAAGCAAAUAACAUUUAUCCAUCUUUGUAUGAGUUGUUACAAAGAUAUUUUGAAGGGGGAGCAGUAGUUGACUGGAUUAGGUGUAUUACUGAAUUAGUGAUGUGUCGUAUUCGUUCGAACAUACACUGAAAAUCUCUGCUGGGCAACCGGUGUUGGGAUAUUUCGUUGGUGGCCGAUGGGAGUCAGACCUGCAUUGAUAUGUUUUGACACUGGUUCACUGAUGUGCACAAAAAUCUAGGAUUAUAUCUCCAACGUGCUUAUCGCUUUCCUUGGACACUUCUGUAGAUCGCUGCUCAAUGUUUCACAUUGCCAUGUUGCUGGAAACACACUCCUCAUUGGUCCACAGCUUCAUUACUGAAUCUGGUAUUUCAAAGAGUGUUGAUUGAACUGCCAACCCUUUAAUGCAAAGAAAGCAAAUCAGACUCCUACGAUAGGGCUGCAUACUGCUGUGUGUAUGUUGAAGGCCGACAUAUUGUAAGAACGAAUAUGACGCAAGUAUUUUGUUACUGGGUUGUCUUUUGCCAUAUUUCUUUAUUCAGUAUCCGUCCUUUUCAGGAAUUACCUGAUUGCAGUAUUAUUAUUCCCCAUCUUUCUUUUUGGGAAGUUGCCAGUCUUUAUUUUGCCUAAUUUUACUGUAUUAAAAAACUGCUUUACCCCAUGUUUUAGCUGCAGUUCUUUCCCCUAAGUACAUUUUAUAGAUGAGAAUGUGUGUCUUUAUAAUGUAUACAUCUGAAAUUAUUCUUCCAAAAUAUUUCCAUGGAUGGCCUGGAGUUCAUUGAUUCAAAUUAAACAGCUGCAGCAUAUUUCACAAAACCUUUCCCUGAGGGGAAGAACGAUCACAAAAAGCUGGGUAACGUUUUUUUAUUAACAGACAUGUCAAUGUCAACAGUAACAAAAUUUGUUGUCCAUUUAAAAAAAAAAAAAAAAGUGGGUAGCCAAGACAACGCUUCUCCCACAAAAUAACUUAAUUAUGAAAGGGGGGGGGGAAGCGAAGGACGGUUGUGCUCCUAUACUUGUGUAUGUGUCUCCAUCUCAUCUCCACCAUUCAUCAGUCUGGGUUAGGGGUCAGGCUAACCCUUUCACUGUCAUCCAUUUCAUAUUGUUUUUCAACCAGUCAAAUAACGUCUUAAUAAUGUAGCGGCAAGGGACGCACUUACAAUAUUUAGAAUGUGGGCAUGUCACAAAACCAGGAUCGAACCAACAGGCCUUGCUCAAGAUUCUCUACAAAGGAUUUCAAAAGCCACAUAAGAGAAAUAGCACAACAGACUGCUAACAUACAAAACUAGAUUCCUUUUUUGCUCCCACUACAACACAGGCCACACUUACUGUAUGUGUACAGUAAGGCCACCCUUAAACAUCUGGUAGGCGACACAAGCAAAUAGAGACGUGAUAUGACUAACAAAAACAUUUCAAGGAUCGGAAAACAUUCUUCAUUCAAAAGAAACAGGAGUUUGGGGGGGCAUUAUAUACAAGUAUUUCAUGGUGUAAGUAUGUGUGUGCGCCUUAGUCAGCAGUAGAUGAACCCAUCUUUAACGCAUGGGUAAUGUAAAUCCAGCUGCCCGCAAAUGUCUAUCCAGGCUAGUGUGAGUAUGAGCCGUGAUUGCGACCCUGUCCCGUCAGAUUUAGACCCUGCUAUAGCCUGCUCGGACAGAGGUACAAAUGGGAUGUUCCAAUUAUCCCGGUUCUUCCAUAGGAUGGAAGAAUUGAACACGCAUACACCCCUGUGUCCUGAGAGCCACACAGGCGCUAUAGUCGACAUGGAGCUCACUCUGCGCUCCUGUUGUAUGUAAUGUACAGAUUUGUGGUUGUGUGUGUGUAAUGUGUAGUGGGAUAUAUCUAUAUAUAUUUAUGAGAUGUGUGUGCGGUAUAUCUGUAGUGCGUGUCAUUUAUAACAUGUAACUAUGAACAAAUGCGCGUGCACGCGACUCCCUUGUUGCAGCAGCGUGGGGGUCCUCUAGGCCUCGCUCUCCCCAGCGGACGAGGUGUUCUGAGCCCCCUCCUCCUCCUCCAGGAUGGGCACAAUCAGGUUGUCUUUGGACAUCAGGUUGUACUUCAUCACGAAGCGCGUGAAGCGGUGACAUAGGAAGGUUUCG